GGCUUAAGUUACUCACCGUUAGAUGACAUUACCAGCACUCUACUGGUACUCGUACAGUACCGUAUCCGACCCUCACUCUAUUUCCUUCUUUUUUCUUUAAUUUUCCCUAACCUGCUGACUCUCUUCAUAUCAUACAGUCUACCGGUACAAGUACAAGCACCGUACUAGCACCGUACUGUGCUCGUUCGAGCAGCAGGGUGGGAAUGCCUGUACUCAGUACAGGUACGGCACAAGUUAAGUAUGAUACUGUACAAUACGGUGCCGAGUUACAUCGAACAGAUUUACAGCAUCACUCUCUCGCUCUUUGGAACAGAUCCCAGACCAAAUGUUACACACACUCUCAUUCGAAACGGAGAAGAGGCCUCCCAAGAGAAAAGCUGGUCCAUUGCGAAUCUAGCGUGGGUUUAUCAGGGAGAUUGAUCAGAUUUGGUGGGCGCUAGAGACUCAACUUAGUUACUGAGGGCAUUCUCCGGAACAGAAUGAGGAGCAGGAGGACGAAGGGGCUGGAUCAAAUGGGCACGAUACCUGUAAUUUGUGUCUAAUGAGAGCGAAGGCUGAAAGCCAUGAAAACUUUUAGGGGGUAAAAGGCGAAAGAAAGAGGGAAUGUCUCACAUCCCCCUCUCACUCACUUCCGCUUUCUCAGCUUCUCCCUCUUCCCCCUUCUCCCUUCCCUUAAACACCAGAGGGUUCCGUCCGAUCGAGCAAUCUACAUUGUCCUAUCAUACCUUUACUAGUACAGGCACGCCAAUACUAUAAUCUAUCCUACGGAACGCGUCCCGGAGGGAAAUCAUGUUUUCACAGCUGCUCCUUUUCGCUUUGCUCUUAUGUAGCUUGGCCUGUGGUGCCCCACGGGGUGCCGAGCCAACGCCUUCGAACCCAUCGCUGGUCGUGCCGGUAGUAGAGAUCACUCCGGCUCCGACGAUGCCACCCGUUGUGGCCGAAUUGCUCCGCCGGAGUUCAAAUCCUGCCAUUGUCCCUAGGGAUGAUUCGGAUUUGAUGAAACGGCAGGCCUGUGGCGCCUUUUAUGUUACUUGCGAUACCGGUAGCUGCUGCUAUAUUGGCCAAGAAUGUUUUAGGAAUUCUGCCGGGGUAGAUAGUUGCCGAUAUCCGUACUUCCUCCAAUAUCCCUUUUUUUCUCUCUCCUUUCCUUUGAAAAUCCGACCAAUAACCGUUGACCGAAUUACAGUGAAAUGUUUGACUAUUCGUCACUUCUAUCAUCACUGACGGCAAUUUACGGAGGGUAUUCGUACAGUAAUGAUGCCGAGUUAUACUCCAGUAUUUAUGCUUCGUAUCUGAACCUUUUCACGUCUUUACCGGGUGGGCGUCCUACCGGGGGGUCUAACCCACCCGCUAGUACUGCUAAAACCGGAUCAUCGAGCUCUAAUUCCGGCUCUGGCAGCAGCUCCAGCUGGGGCGACACCACCACUAGCACUAGCAAAAAGAAGUCCAACACAGGCAUGAUAGUUGGAAUAGCUGUGGGCUCAGCAGUAGGUGUCGCUAUCAUAGCGACCAUAAUCUGGUAUUUUUGGAGGAAACGCAAGCCAACUCCGACCCCUUAUCCCGCGGGCAUGGCGCAAACAGGCACUACACCGUUCCAACAACAUCCAGGAUCGCAGCCCGCGUAUGCUGGCCAGGCUGCUCAGGUCGACAUAAAGCCUGCGCAAGUGUACCAGUUCCAGCAGCAGCCACUUGCAACAGAGAUCGGUGGGACGGGAAUUGCACCGCAACAGGCGCCUUCAGGGAACGCGUCCUAUGCUGUGCAAGGUGCUGGGUAUCAGGGACCGAUUUCUCCACCACCCACGCACCCAUCUGCUCAGGAGAUGAGUGGGGAUACGCAGUUCUUGCCGCACCAACAGCACCCACAGCACCCACAGCAUCCACAGCAACUUCAGUACGGGCCUCCUAGAAAUGGGACGCUGGGACCACCUGCCGAGAUGGAUGCGGGGCAAGGAAGAUAGUGCGGGCUGUGCGUUUCUGGCUUGGAUAAGGGCUUAUACGUUUCAUACGGAGUUGGUUGAUACUUUAAUUUUCUGAGAUUGGGUAUGAGUGGGACCGCGUUUUUGUCUUUGGGUACUGGUGACUUGAUGAGGGGAGGGUAAUGGGAGCUAUGGCUCAUGUCAAUAUGUUCUUGUAGAUCAAUGAAAUCCGAAUUCAUUAUG